AUGGGGGCUGAACAGUCCUCAAAUUCGGAAUCGCGCCUUGCCGACGCUGGGGAAACUCAAAGGACAUGCUACUAUGAGCUUCUGGGAGUUGAAAGGACUGCAACUGAUAUUGAAAUAAAAAAAGCAUAUCGCAAGAAGGCCCUAGAACUACACCCGGAUCGCAACUUUAACGAUGUGGAGGCAGCCACUAGAAAGUUUGCCGAUGUUCAGGCCGCCUAUGACAUUUUGUCUGACCCUCAAGAAAGAGCUUGGUACGACUCGCACCGUGAGAGCAUCUUGAGUGGCCAGCAUGACACUAGCGAUGCUUCUUCUGCACCUGCAACGUUUCAUAAUGUCCGCCUCACUACCGCAGAUGAUAUCAUGCGUCUCAUCUCUCGAUUCAACUCCUCUGUCCCUUACACGGAUGACAAAGAUGGGUUCUACUGGAUCGUAAGAGAAACAUUCGAACACCUGGUUUUGGAGGAAGAAGCUGCCGCCGACUAUGAGGGCACUGAGUGCCCUGAAUAUCCCACGUUUGGGUCGUCAAAUAGUAGCUUCGAUACUGUCGUGCGGCCGUUCUAUAACGCCUGGAAUGGCUUUAGUACGAGAAAGUCGUUCAUGUGGGAAGAUAAAUAUCGCCUUUCGGAUGCUCCAGACCGCAGAACCAGACGUUGGAUGGAGAAGGAAAACAAAAAGAUUCGAGAUGACGCUAUUCGAGAAUUUACCGAUGCUGUUCGAUUUCUAGUCUCGUUUGUACGAAAACGAGAUCCUCGCUAUACUCCAAAUUCGCAGAGCGAGGCGGAUCGCCACAAAUCCCUUCGAACUGCUGCUGCUGCCCAAGCCGCGCGAUCACGAGCCGCCAAUAGUCAAAAUUAUUCAUCAUUUGAAGUGCCAGAAUGGGUCCAGCCCAGCGAAGAUAAGGUGGAUGAGCAAGAUUCUGAAUCAGAGGAACCUGAAGCUGAGAUUCUAGAAUGUGUGGCAUGUAACAAAAGAUUCAAAAGCGAAAAGCAGUUUGAAUCCCAUGAACGUAGUAAGAAACACAUCAAGGCUAUUCAAGAGCUACGCCGCCAGAUGAAAAAAGAAACAGCAAAUCUGGACUUAGAUGCAUUAAGGGUCGACAAUACGCCCGAUACGUACUUGAAAGACGACCAGGACUUGCAAACAGUGGAUAUAGAUGCGCAGGAUCAUCAGAUUGACACGGACAUUGAGACUACAUCGCCUUUAACGGAGCAAACAAGUGCACAUGAUGAUGAGCAAGAAGCAUCUACUAAGACAGAGACAUCACCAAGCCAAGAUACAUCAGAAGUGGACUAUAGCGGAGAUCACACGGACAAGGAACUUGACAAGUCGUUUCAAAAGCUAGAUAUCCAGUCCACUAACGGAGAUUCAACAUCAAUUAGUCAUGGAGAACAGAUAUCCGAUUAUUCAUCUAAACAACCCCAGAACGAUUCUGAGGACGUAAAAUCGAAAAGCAAAACAGGAAAGGCCAAACUCAAACGCCAGAAAAAAGCUGCAGCUGCUCUGGCAGCCGAAAAUGAGGUAUCCAAUACAUGCAGUCCAACUGAUUCGAAAACGUACUAA